AUGGCGGCGCCGCGGAGCGAGCGCGCGCGGUUGUUGACGUCGACGGGGGAUGAUGGAAAGGAUCGAUGCGAUGACCUCGAGCGCGGCGCGCGCGUGGACGACGGCGCGCGAACGACGGCGGCGCGACGGACGGGAUGGGCGAAGACGAGCGCGGUGUGCGCGCUGGUGAUCGGUGCGGUCGGGGCGUGCGCGGUGGCGGUGUCGAUUGGGUCGACGACGGAGGCGGACGGGGGGCGAUUCGCGCAGACGGCGGCGCUGGGCGAGAACCGGUUCGCGUCGGGGGGGCGAACGAGACCGGUGUGCUCGCGAGAACAUCCGGGGUACUCGGCGCCGUACGUUGGGUUGUACGAGAACAUCGGUGAGUGGCCGGAGUCGUAUCUGCGUUGGGACUUGAAGUGCGCGGAGAAGCGCAAGGGCGAAGCCGAGCUCGGGAAGCUCUACGUCCCGACGAAGAAUUAUCGACGACCGAAUCAAAAGGAGAUCAACGAAUUCAUGCGGGCGUGGAGCGCGUCAUUCGGGAGAGCGUAUGAGGUUCCGCCGAACGGGAAGAAGAAGGGCAUCGAGAUCAAGGAUUCGAGCCCGAUGGUGUACGACUUCGUGCACGUGCCGAAGGCUGGCGGGACGUACUUCACCGAGUUGAUGAUCAGGGCGAACGACGCGAUCGGAGAGAAGCACGGGUAUCCGUACAAACUGCGAGACGCACCUUUUUCGAAUUUCGUCACUCUACCUCUGAUCGACGCGACGCAACAAAACGCGCACGCGACGCUGGAUGCGUUUAAGAAGGGACAACCCGAGCAAUACUUUAGCAAGAAGGGCCUGCAGGAGAAGUACGACAAAGGGCAACGGAUGUUCGUCAAAGGGCAGUUCGGGAUGGGGAUGUGCGAUGCAGUCGAGGCGCCGUGCAUGUACUUCACCGUUCUGCGGGAUCCGGUCGAAAGGUAUCUGAGCCAUUACAAGUACUCGUGCCUCGCCGGCGCCGAGGGCAAGGCGCAGUGGACCGAGGAGUGGAUCAAGCUCGGAAACUGCCCGCUCGAUCCCAUCGAGUUCAUGACGCACCUCGGGAUCAACUUGGAUUGGACCGUGGAACUCGCCCCGGGGGCCAAGAACGGAGAUCUGCAUCGUACCGCGGACGUGGCAAAGCAAAACCUCGACAGCAAGUGCAUGCGGUACCUGAUCACCGAGCACUACGCCGACGGUUUGCAAAAGGUUACGAAAUCCUUUCCGGAUUUCUCAGACGCAGUUCGACGGCUUCACCUCGCGAAUGGGAACGCAGAAAACAAGGCUAAAAAGCUCCCGCCGCCCGCGCAAGAGCGUUUCGACGCGUACAUGAAGAAUGCGACCAUCAUGAAGGCGAUCCGCGAGCGACACGCCUUGAUGCAGGGCGUGUACGACCACGCGCUCAAAAACUAUGAGGCCAACUGGAAUCGUCCGAUAGUCCCGUGCUAG